UCUUCUUCCCAGAUAAUAAAGAAAAGUCAUCCCCGCAAGAUGCUCUGGCCAAUUUCGGCAGCAGACUCUUCCAUUAAUUCUUUCGCGUUAAGUUUCACUCCCACCCCUCGCGCUAUUUAACCACCCCAAACUUACUCAACCUCGUACAUCGCCAUCCCAACAAUGGCUCUCGACAUCCUCUUCACAUGGCUUGCUCUUUCCCUUCCUCCUCUCCUCCUCCUCCUCCUCCUCCUCCUCUCAGCGAAAAAGUUCAACAACAAAAAGAAGAACCUCCCUCCAGGGCCUCCACCGCUCCCCAUCAUAGGCAACCUUCACCAGCUCGGCCACUUGCCUCACCAAUCUUUGUGGAAGCUCUCCCAACAGUAUGGCCCCGUCAUGCUCGUCCACCUCGGUGGCAUCCCCACCGUCAUCGUCUCCUCCCCCAGCGCUGCCAGGGAGAUCCUCAGGACCCAUGACCUCAACUGCUGCAGCCGCCCCCGACUGGUUGGCACGGGACGCCUCUCCUAUGACUACCUUGAUAUCGCCUUCGUUGAGUACGGCGAUUAUUGGAGGGAGGUGAGGAAGAUCUCCGUGAUUGAGCUGUUUAGCGCCAAGCGAAGCGAGUCCUUCCGGUAUGUCAGGGAAGAGGAGGUGGCUUCUAUGAUCGAUUCGAUUGCAAAGUCAGCAAAUAGCGGAACUCCAAUCAAUAUGAGCGAGAGGUUCAUGUCUUUGACAGCUGACAUCACUUGCAGGGUCGCAUUUGGGGAGGCGUUUCAGGGGACAAAGUUCGACGAUGGAAGGUUAAUGCAUAUGGUUCACGAAGGGUUGGCGAUGCUGGGAAGCUUCUCGGCAUCCGAUUUUUUCCCUAGAUUCGGCUGGAUUGUGGACAGGUUCACAGGGCUUCAUUCGAGGAUGGAGGAGACCUUUCGCAAUUUGGAUGCUUUUUAUCAGCAAGUGAUUGAAGAGCAUCGGAACGCAAAUAAGAGCAACGAGGAAAAUGAGGACAUUGUCGAUUUGCUGCUGAAGAUGGAGAGGGAUCAGACUGAGCUCGCGACCAUUCGAUUCAAGGAAGAUAACAUCAAGGCCAUCCUGAUGGAUAUAUUUCUAGGUGGAGUGGACACCGGUGCACUUACCCUGGACUGGGCAAUGGCCGAACUUGCCAGGAACCCGAGGGUGAUGCGAAAAGCUCAAGAAGAGAUUCGAAGUUGUGUUGGAAACAAGAAACAGGUCGUGGAAGACGACCUCCACAAGCUCAAAUAUCUUAAGUUAGUACUCAAGGAGUCAAUGAGGUUACACCCUCCAAGUGUACUACUUAUUCCAAGGGAAACAAUGGGCCACUUCAAGCUGUUUGGCUAUGAUAUCGAACCAAAGACCCGUGUCCAGGUCAAUGUGUGGGGCAUCGGGCGGGACCCAAGCCUCUGGGAGCGUCCAGAGGAGUUUGUGCCAGAGAGAUUUGAGGAUAGUCCGAUCGAUUAUAAGGGGAAUCAUUUUGAGUUAUUGACAUUCGGAGCGGGCCGGAGGGGAUGCCCAGCGAUUUUGAUGGGGAUGGCAACGGUAGAGUUGGCGCUUGCCAAUGUCUUGCACUCUUUUGAUUGGGAAUUACCGGAGGGGAUGAAAGAGGGAGAUGUGAGCAUGGAGGAAGGGCCUGGCCUGACCGUGUUCAAAAAAGUGCCUCUUACUCUGAUGCCGGUUAGGCCAUCGCAUGAAACCAAUGUAUGACAAAAAUCGCACUCAAACUGAAACAUUGUACACUAUGUUGAUAAUGAUCAAGUGUAUGAACUGUGACUAGAGAAGAAAGAUUAUCAAUUGAGCGAGUCACUUUUUUAUUAACA